UUUUGGAGACUGGGAAGCCCAAGUUCAAGGUGCUGCUCAAUUUAGUUUCUCACUGAGACAGUGGAUGACAGUCUGUGUCUACAUGACAGAGAGAGAGGAAACAAGGUGGCAGUUUAUUUAAAGGAGUCACUUGGACUUGUGGCCACACCCUUGAAUAAAAAAAUUAGAAAAUGGCACAACCAUUUAUAUUGUGUGAAGAACAAGAGCAAGAACCAAGUAAGGGUGUCAAAGAAACCAAGCAAGUAGAAGAUGAAGAUGCUGAGCUGAUCUUUGUUGGGGUGGAGCACGUAAAUGAAGAUGCUGAGCUCAUCUUUGUUGGAGUGACUUCAAAUUCAAAGCCAGUUGUUUCAAACAUUUUGAAUAGGGUCACCCCAGGUUCAUGUUCAAGGAGAAAAAAGUAUGGCCAAAUUAGAAAAGGUACAGCUCAGAAACUGCCGCCUGCAAGUCAGGGGACCCCUACAUCAGAAGCAGUGACUGUCUUGCCCGCUUCUCCAUCUGAAUCAAGAUCAACAGAUAGUCCUAUUAUCAUUGAGCCUUUGUCUAAACCUGAUUAUAAAAAGAAUUCACCACAAGUCGUGCCUGAUAGCUCUUCAAAGUUAUGUUCUCCUGUGGUUACACUCACAAGUUCGUUGCCUAGUCCUGUAAGAGCAGCACUUUCAGUAGGAAAUAUGAAUGCAAAUCCUUGUGUGUCAGAGCAGCUGUCCACUUCUGAAGGAAACGGCAUAGAUCCUAAAAGACCGAAACUUGAUGGAAUCACAGGGGAGUAUUCUUCAGCUCUGUCCUCUUCAGAUACUCAGCAAAGCAUGCCCUCAGACAGUGCUCAGACCUUACUGAACCCUGUCCAGAAUGGAAUACCUUCUCCAGCCGUUUCAAAGGACAGUGUCCAUUUCAAGCCUAUAAAUAGAAAUGUUGAUAAGGAAAAUGAAUUGGCAAAUCCAGACUGUUUGAGUGAAGCAAGUCAAAACAAGGCCUUUGAUCCCGUGAAAGGCAACCUGACCAUGCUCCUUAGUGACUUCUACUAUGGACAGCAUAAAGGCGAUGGACAGUCCGAGCAGAAGACUCACACAACCUUUAAAUGCCUCAGCUGCUUGAAAGUUCUAAAAAACGUUAAGUUUAUGAAUCACAUGAAGCACCAUUUGGAACUUGAGAAGCAGAGGGGUGACAGCUGGGAGAACCACACCACCUGCCAGCACUGCCACCGGCAGUUUUCCACCCCCUUCCUGCUGCAGUGUCACAUUGAAAGAGUGCACACCACCCAGGAGCCCUCUGCCGUCUGUAAAAUCUGUGAAUUGUCGUUUGAAACAGAUCAGGUUCUCUUGCAACACAUGAAGGACAACCAUAAGCCUGGGGAGAUGCCCUACGUGUGCCAGGUUUGCAGUUACCGAUCAUCAGCCUUUGUGGAUGUGGAAACACAUUUUCGAACGUGCCACGAAAACACUAAGAAUUUGCUUUGUCCAUUUUGUCUCAAAAUUUUCAAAACUGCCUCACCAUACAUGUGUCAUUAUAGGGGGCACUGGGAAAGGACUGUGCACCAGUGUUCUAAGUGCCGGCUGCAGUUUUUAACUUUCAAGGAGAAAAUGGAGCACAAGACCCAGUGUCAUCAAAUGUUUAAGAUGCCUAAGCAACUGGAAGGGUUGCCUCCUGAAACAAAAGUUGUCAUUCAAGUGUCGCUGGAACCUCUUCAGCCAGGAUCAGUGAAAGCAGCAUCUGUUACAGUGAGCACAUCUGACUCGGAACCCUCACCCCCCAAGCCUAAAAGCAGAAUUUCAAAAAACUCCCACUAAUUCUAGUUUUGGUAAAUCUAAAGCAAGCAUUCCAAUCUAAGUUUUUAAAAAAGCCCAUAAAGACAAAAAUUUUUUAACAAUGCAUUAUUAAGUAGCACCAAAAGUAGCGAAACUAGCUGAUUACUUGAGGUUUUUAUUUUAUGUUUGUACAUAUGCAAUGUUGUUUGAUCUAAGUUUUCAGGUUUUUUUUUUUUUAAAUAAAUCACCUGGUUUUUUAUGUUAACUAUCUAGGUUAGCACAUGGAAGGUGUUUCUGUAUAUUUGAGUGUGUAAACCUAUUUAUUAUUUUUAUAUUUUGUGUUACUUCUAAGCUUGAAAGUUCUUCCUUCUAAAUAUAGAAUUUGUGUAGUUUUUGAGGUACUUAAUUUAUUAUCAACUUUUUCCUCUGUGUUAGAAGAUUUCACUAUGACUGGAAUGAGUAUGUCAUGAACUAGCCCAGUUGCUACUGAAUUCCCAGAAGUGCCUCUGCUGUGCUGAUAUAAAAUAACCUGUUUCUGAAAGCCCAGAUGUGAAGCUGAGACUAUGGCAUGAACAGAGACUGGAAGACAGAGCUUUGUCAAGAAGAGAGCCGUGGUUCCCUGUCCCAGUUGAAAGACACACAUUCACUACAGUCCUGGAGACAAGGCAGAAGACCACUGCCUCAGAAUAUCUUUAUCGAACUGGAGAACAUCCAACGAAUCAGACCCAUUCUUAGUAAAAUGUCUUGUGUUUGGUGAGGGGCUCCUCUAGACAUCAGACAGCCACUAUGUCUCAUUGGUUUCAGAUGACAAAGCAGUGGUAAUUAAUAGAGUGAAGCCUGGUGCCAGCAGCCUGCCUGUUUAGUUUUCUAAAGGGAAAUCUGAUUCAUUCCUUUCUCUCCCUUCUGGCUAGCCAUUAGUGGAGAAUGAACUGGCCAUAUCCAUCUCAGCCGCAGUAAUAAAGCAAGUCAAGUUUCCCGAGGGAAAGAAGCCCUGUCGUAAAUAGUUUGAACUGUUCUGGACCCAUAGUUUUUUUUUGUUUGUUUGUUUUGUUUUUAAGAUUUAUUAUUUAUUUGAAAGAGUUACACAGAGAGAGAAGGAGAGGCAGAGAGAGAGAGGUCUUCCAUCCUCUGGUUCACUCUCAAUUGGCCACAAUGGCCAGAGCUGUGCCAAUCCGAAGCCAGGAACCAAGAGCUUCCUCUGGGUCUCCCACAUGGGUGCAGGGGCCCAAGGACUUGGGCUAUCCUGUACUGCUUUCCCAGGCCACAGCAGAAAGCUGGAUUGGAACUGGAGCAGCCAGGACUCUAACCGGCGCCCAUAUGGGAUGCCUGCACUGCAGGCAGCGGCUUUACCCGCUAUGCCACAGUGCCAGCCGUGGACCCAUAGUUUUAACUGAAAAGGCCAAAGAAAUGACAGCUGUCAUUUCAUGGACUUUUCUAAAUUUAGUUCUCCCACUGUUAAGCUGGAAGCGGGGACUGCUUGUCCAAAAACAGUAAGUAUAGUGGACAAAAAUAGUCCCCGGUGACUGACUAAAAUUAAACCCAUAGGACUUUUCCUUAGUUUUUUUUUAUGUGCUUACUGUAAUUGAACAUAAUAAGCUUGCAAUUUUGAACCUUGCCUUAGAUCUGAGUGUACUACAGCUAACAGUUAUUCAUUUAUUUGUGUAAUUUUCCAGUUUAUUAUACUAAUACUGUUUGGGUCUUACUUGAUACACUCCAGUGUGUAAAAGAUGUACCACUUACUAACUUCAAUACUUAAAAAGUAUUAAAUCUUAAGAUUUAAAUCUCCCUUUUCUGAUACAUCCUGUUAACCAAUCUGUCACUGUUCUGUCAGAGAACAUUUUCCCUUGCCCUCCCCAGGGGCUUUUCACAGAACUGUGGAGUCUGUUCUGAGUAUUGGUUCCUGAUCAGAGGCCUUGGCUCCCAUGCUUGUCUCCCUGGGCCUGUUCUAGUGCCAGCCCUUGCUCCACUCCUGACACAGAUGUGCAACAGCCUGUGUUCACCAGUCAGGGGCUCCAGCAUCCUGCAUGUGACAUAGGUCUGGAGAAAUUGUUCCUUUGUUCCUUGCUUGCUGCUUCUAAAAGGUACCUUACGUCUCUUUAUACCUUUCUUUCCUUGAUCUAGUUAAAUCUCCUAAGCUUUCACAAAGUGCUGGGGAGAAAGACACAUCAGGGGUUUAGCAUCCCUCUUAUAAUUUGAGGAGGAAGGACUGCAGAUAGUGAAGAGAUACAUUGUGUGGUUGGUUGAUUGAUUUGCCUCUUGAACAUUUUACUAGGCCUGUUUGUGUGGGCCAUGGCACUUUUCUCAGAUCUCAGCCUGAGCCCUUUCUCUAGGUAUAUAGAAAGUGUGUGUGUGUGUGUGUGUGCGCGCGCUCCACUUGUUCUGGCCUCAGUGGAAACUUCUACCAUGUAUAAAUAGAUCUGCAGACUUUGACAUGCUUAACUACCCUUAUUCUGUGGUAAAAAUAAGAAAUGUUUUAGUUCUGUAUUUUUGUGACCGCUAAGUGUUCCUAACUCUUCUGUUGUGUUCUUUGUCUAAAGCAGAGGCGGACAAUGUAUGGCCUGCGAAUUCAUUUGGUCUGGCCCUGCCAAGGCAACUGCAGGUGGGACUUGAAAUGCAAUAAAUCUAUAGCAGGCUGAUUUUUCGGUUGGUAAUUGUAUAUGGCCUGCAGAUGCUAUUAUAAAUCUCCAAAAGGCCCUUGGCAGAAAAAAGGUUCCCUGCCCCUGCAAAGCAUGCUCCUAAGGAGUGCAGAUCGACAUUGCCAACUACAGAUUCAAGUGUUGUGGCCCCUGCCUACCUCCAUUCACCGCCAUGCUUUUCUGUCGUUUUCCCCCCUGAUGCACUAUUUUGACACGCUGGCCUUGUUAUGCCUCUAGCAAACCAGUUUCCUUACUGAUCCAAAGACUUUGCACAUGCUAUUCUCUUCCAGAAUGCUCUUCCCCUAGGCCUGCAUGGCUCGCUACCUCACUUAAUUGUUUGACACUUCUCUUUGGUUCAUUUAGCUUCACCAAGGUUCUUAGAAUGACACUAAAAUUCCCCUCCCCCUCUUAACCUUAUUUUCUCCUCUUCCUUAAAGGCACUUUACCUCUCCCUCUUCUUUUUCCCCUCUCUAAUCCAGUUAAGUUUCCUAGAUUUUCACAAAAAGGUGAGAAAUUACUGUCCUUAUGAACUUCGCUUCUAUCUUAGAGUUGAGAUAGCUUGAGUUGAUUUCUGUGCCUGCAGCCAAAAGAAAAUUAAUAGAGUGAGUUGAGUUCUUUCAGGAGCUUUCUCUGUUUUUCUAUUAAUAGUGCUCUAUUUUUUUAAGGCAGUGUCACUUUGUUUUGCUUACAAAUAUAUUGAAUAUCUGUUAAGAUUGCUAUUUUGUUACUGCUCUUUGUGAAUCACCCUGUGUAUUUUGCUUGCUUCUUUCAAAUAAAAUUUAUUUUAUUAAUGUUGCCAAAAAUUGAAUGUUAAAUAGCAAUUAUAAUA